AUGUUCAAGAAAGAUUUGACACCCGGCGCCAAAAGCAAGGUCAAGUCAUCGGCCCAGCGCGCCAUCCGCGCAAAGGCCAUUGAGACCUAUCCUCGCCUCGAGCCCUACAUGGAUGAAAUUAUGCCAAAGAAAGAACAGAUCGAUCUUGUCAAGGUACUGUCGAGCAUGCACNCUGAUCGUGUCUCCCUCUACGUCCUUGGCUCUACUCCUCUCUUCUGGCAACAUAUGGACGAUCCUCUGAUACCCCACCUUUCUCUCGUUCACAAAUACCCUCAAUGCUUUGACAGGAUACGAAUUGAUCGUGGUGCUAUUCGUUUCGUUCUCUCUGGAGCUGCUCUCAUGGUGCCCGGCUUGACGUCUCCCGGCGGCCGCUUACCCGAUCCUUCGGUUAGCGAGGACGACAAAGAGGCCAACGAUGGCUAUGGAGGAAAAGAGUUGCAAGCAGGUGACAUUGUUGUCGUCGAAGCCGAAGGCAAGGAGAAUGCAUGCCUGGUCGGUGUUCUGAAGAUGGGCACCAAGGAUAUGAAGGAAAAGAAGAAGGGCGUUGGCCUUGAGAACGGCCACUACCUUGGUGACGGUCUCUGGAACCUGUCUCUCUAG